AUGUCUGGCCGAGGAAAAGGCGGUAAGGGGCUUGGAAAAGGUGUUGCAAAACGUCACCGCAAAGUCUUGAGAGAUAACAUUCAAGGAAUCACAAAACCAGCUAUUCGCCGUCUAGCGCGUCGUGGAGGUGUGAAGCGUAUUUCUGGUCUGAUCUAUGAAGAGACAAGAGGUGUACUGAAAGUGUUUCUUGAGAAUGUUAUUCGUGAUGCUGUAACAUACACCGAGCACGCCAAGCGCAAGACUGUGACCGCUAUGGACGUAGUAUACGCUCUCAAGCGUCAAGGCCGUACACUGUAUGGUUUUGGUGGUUACAUCUAA